GGGAGGGGGCGGGAGCGGGAGCGCAGCUGGGCCCGGUUCUUGUUGCUAGGGGAGGAGGAUGGCGACGGCAUCGGCGGCUCGGCCAUGGAGACGGGGCUGAGCGGGGACCCGGCAGCUGGAGACGCGGAGACUCCCCCUAGCCGGGCCCUCAGUGGGGGCCCCUCAGCCCUCGGGGUAACCGGCUGACACGGGCGGAGGCAGCGGCCGCUCCCCUGCCCCAGGCCUCGGCCUCCUCCUCCUCCUCCUCCCGGGCGCUGCCUGCGGGCCCCUCCCGCCCAGCCUCCACCGCCUCCCAGCCCCGCUCAGCCACCUGCCCGCUCCCCGCAGCUUCCUCGUCCUCCAGCCCCUCCCCUGCCCCGCACUCUCCCCCCACCUCUCUUCAGCCUGCCCUGCUCCCCCCUCACCUCCCUGCACCGCAGCCCAGAACCCAACCAGCCCGCCCUGCACGGACCGUCCCCGGGACAGACCGGACGGGCCCCCACCCCGCCCCCGAAGAGGACGGGGGGAAAGAUCUAUCAGUGUGGUGGGAAACAGAGAGAGAGAGAGAGGCCCGGGUCUGAAUGGUGAACAUUAAAGAGCAGAACAGAACAGCCCCCAAACACAGUGUCCAUCUCUCCUAGAAGAUAAAUGCAAAGCAGGGUUAUGUAACGUGCACCACGGCUCCUCAUGCGUGCAGGGAAACACUUGGAGGCUGCAGGACAUUUUCAUACCUUUCUUAACAAUCUAGAUGGGGGAAAUCCAACUCUUUUCUGCAGAAAAAGGGGGAGAGAAGGGCUUAUGCUGAGGCCAAGCAGCUGCGCCCGUGUGUGUGGGGAAACUGUGGACUCAUUUCAUGGCUUGCUUUUUUAUUCCACUGAUACUGCAGCAUUUCUGAAACGUAACCUUUUGUGAAGCUCUGCUCCAAACCCUCUCUGCUUCUCCUUCCUGAGGCGGCUGCUUUGCAAGGAAAGAAAUGGCAUGAAGUAAAUGGCUCCAGAAUAAAGCAAGCUGCUCGGCCAAAGUGCCCAGUGAGCAGCACGGUCACUUUAAUAAUUCCAUUUCAAGGGAUUGCUUUCCUGCUUUUCAGUUCUCUCUUUUAAUACAUGGGAGGAUCAGAGGGACAUUAAAGACCAUAAGGCUGGGUGGAGAGAAUAAAAAUGGAAGUGACUGAGGAGUGACUUCUGUUGCGUAAGAGUGUGAGAUUUGAAAGCAUUUGUGCAGUGAGGAAAAAAGGGACCUUUUUAGUCUGCUGUGUAUGCACCCAGUACAGCUAUACAUAACUAGCAAAAUUCACCCAAGUUCCAGUGAAAGGAGUUUAUACAAUUAUUUUGGCUUGCUUUUGUUUUCUUCCAGAAAUUUAUUUGGGAAUUUUUGUCCUGAACUCAGAUGGCUUUGAACUUGUUCAGGUGGAAUAUUAAGACAGCUGCCUAGAGAUGGACUGUGCCUUAAUUAUCUUACAUAAAGUUGUUUAGCUGACAGACUUUUGCUGCCAGAAGAGGAGUUAUAAUAGGGUUUUUAUAUGCCAAGGAGCAUUUUCUCUUGUAUUUUUAUAGAUUGAAAAAUAUUUUACAGAAACUGAAAACCACUCUUGCAAAAUUCAAAAUUCUUCUUUUUUUCUUAUUCUGUGGGAGGCACUGGUAGUUUAACUGGAGGAAAUAGUGAGUCCUGCUAGAAAAGCAAAACUGAAGCAAUAUUUCCUAACUGAACUGUUUAAGUGAUUUGAACAAAUACCUAGUUCCUGAGCUCACAAGGCGAUCCCAGUGGGACAUCAUUGAUACCAGUAAAUAAGCACUUGCAUCCAGUACCAGAAGUAAGACCAAGAAUGCCAGUCAAGAAGAAAGAUACCGAUCGAGCUUUAGCACUUCUAGAAGAAUAUUGUAAAAAGCUAAAGAAACCGGAAGAACAACAACUGAAAAAAGCCAUUAAAAAAGUGAUGGGCAUCUUUAAGAGCAGCUUAUUUCAGGCACUAAUAGAUAUUCAAGAGUUUUAUGAAGUGACAUUGCUAAAUUCCCAAAAAAGCUGUGAGCAAAAAACAGAAGAAGCAAAUCAAGUUGCAGAGAAAUGGGAGAAGACAAAAUCUUCUGCCACAGGCCAUGUGAGUCUGCAGAAAAACCAAGAGUCUGCGGUUUCCGGUGGGUCAGAUGGAUCGGUAUUAUGUGAUGAACACAAUAAAGAGAAUAAGUCUUUUGAAAAUCAUUCUGUAGACAUGACGACAAAGAAGUAUCGCUAUCAAGAUGAGGAUGCCCUGCAUGAUCAUACCUUACCUCGUUUAACCCAUGAAGUGAGAGGACCAGAACUUGUUCAUGUGUCAGAAAAGAACUUAUCUCAGAUAGAAAAUGUCCAUGGAUAUGUCCUGCAAUCACACAUCUCUCCUUUGAAGGCUAGUCCCGCCCCUAUAAUAGUCAACACAGACACCUUGGACACAAUUCCCUAUGUCAAUGGAACAGAAAUCGAAUAUGAAUUUGAAGAAAUUACAUUGGAGAGGGGUAAUUCUGGCCUGGGGUUCAGUAUUGCAGGAGGAACAGACAACCCUCAUAUUGGGGACGAUCCUGGGAUAUUUAUUACUAAGAUUAUACCAGGAGGAGCUGCAGCAGAGGAUGGAAGACUCAGGGUCAAUGAUUGUAUCUUGCGGGUGAAUGAGGCUGAUGUAUCAGAGGUCUCUCACAGCAAAGCAGUAGAGGCACUAAAAGAGGCUGGCUCUAUUGUGCGAUUGUAUGUUCGUCGAAGGAGACCUAUUCUGGAGACGGUUGUAGAAAUCAAAUUGUUCAAAGGCCCUAAAGGUCUGGGCUUCAGUAUUGCAGGAGGGGUGGGAAACCAACACAUCGCUGGAGACAACAGCAUUUAUGUUACUAAGAUUAUUGAUGGAGGAGCAGCACAAAAAGAUGGAAGGUUGCAAGUUGGAGACAGACUUCUUAUGGUAAAUAAUUACAGUUUAGAAGAAGUAACUCAUGAAGAGGCAGUAGCAAUAUUGAAGAACACAUCGGAUGUAGUUUAUCUGAAAGUUGGAAAGCCCACUACCAUUUACAUGACUGACCCUUAUGGCCCACCAGAUAUUACUCACUCUUAUUCUCCACCAAUGGAAAACCAUAUACUUACUGGCAACAAUGGCACUUUAGAGUACAAGGCGUCUUUGGCUCCUAUCUCACCAGGAAGAUACUCGCCGAUUCCAAAGCACAUGCUUGUAGAGGAUGAUUAUACCAGGCCUCCUGAACCUGUUUACAGCACUGUGAACAAACUGUGUGAUAAAGCACCUUCUCCUAGGCACUAUUCCCCUGUUGAGUGUGACAAAAGCUUCCUUCUUACAGCUCCCUAUCCCCACUACCACAUAGGCCUGCUCCCUGACUCUGAGAUCACAAGUCAUUCCCAGCACAGCACUGCAACGCGUCCACCCACAAUGAGCUUACAACGAACCAUUUCUCUGGAAGGGGAGCCUCGGAAAGUCAUCCUUCACAAAGGCUCCACGGGACUUGGUUUUAACAUUGUGGGAGGAGAAGAUGGGGAAGGCAUUUUCGUAUCCUUCAUCCUAGCAGGUGGGCCAGCAGAUCUCAGUGGAGAGUUGCAGAGAGGAGAUCAAAUUUUAUCUGUGAAUGGCAUUGAUCUUCGGGGUGCUACCCAUGAGCAGGCUGCAGCUGCACUAAAAGGAGCAGGGCAGAUAGUAACAAUCAUAGCACAAUACCAGCCGGACGAGUACGCUCGAUUUGAGGCAAAAAUCCAUGAUCUACGCGAGCAGAUGAUGAACCACAGCAUGAGUUCUGGGUCUGGCUCCCUGAGAACCAAUCAGAAGCGGUCACUCUACGUCAGAGCUAUGUUUGACUAUGACAAAAGCAAGGACAGUGGCCUUCCAAGUCAAGGACUCAGUUUCCAAUUCGGAGAUAUCCUCCACGUUAUCAACGCCUCUGAUGACGAGUGGUGGCAGGCCAGGAAGGUCACUCAGGAAGGAGACAGCGAGGAGAUGGGAGUUAUACCCAGCAAAAGGAGGGUUGAAAGAAAGGAGCGUGCACGUUUGAAGACUGUGAAGUUUAAUGCGAAACCUGGUGUGAUUGAUGCAAAAGGGGACAUCCCCGGAUUAGGUGACGACGGUUAUGGAACAAAGACUCUGAAACAUGUUUCCUCUAAUGCCAGCGAUAGCGAAAGUAGCUACAGGGGACUGGAAGACUGCAUCCUAUCCUAUGAACCUGUCACAAGACAGGAAAUUAAUUACACCAGACCUGUUAUUAUUUUGGGUCCUAUAAAAGAUCGGCUCAAUGAUGAUUUGAUAUCUGAAUUCCCUGAUAAGUUUGGAUCAUGUGUACCACACACCACAAGACCGAAGCGUGACUAUGAAGUGGAUGGGAGAGAUUAUCACUUUGUCACUUCGAGGGAACAGAUGGAAAAGGAUAUCCAGGAGCACAAAUUUAUAGAAGCUGGGCAGUACAAUGAUAAUUUAUAUGGGACUAGUGUGCAGUCUGUGAGAUUCGUAGCAGAACGGGGCAAGCAUUGUAUACUUGAUGUAUCAGGAAAUGCUAUUAAACGGUUACAAGCUGCACAACUCUAUCCCAUUGCUAUCUUCAUUAAGCCUAAAUCAUUGGAGCCACUAAUGGAAAUGAACAAACGUCUUACAGAGGAACAAGCCAAGAAAACCUACGAGCGAGCACUUAAAUUAGAACAAGAAUUUGGAGAAUAUUUUACAGCUAUUGUCCAAGGAGAAAGCUUAGAAGAAAUAUAUAAUCAAUGCAAACUUGUAAUUGAAGAACAAUCUGGGCCUUUCAUCUGGAUUCCUUCAAAGGAAAAGUUAUAAAUUAGCAACUGCACCUCUGAUUAUGACGGAAGAAUAUUUAGAAGAAAACUACACUAUGCUAUUUUGAGGCUUUCCUGUUUUUGUUGCAUUUAUGUUCUUGCAGUCAAUGUGAAAUUUUAUGAAUGUACAACACAAAGUGUUUGAAGCCUUGAAGGACAGUGAUGGGUCAAAAGGGUAGGAACAAAAAGACUUUUUACCAUACAAAGCAAAUCUCUUGUGUGCGCAAAGCACCUGUUAUAGGUAUAAACUUUUGACAUGGGGACCCUCUGUCAAAGGGAGCUAGCCACUACUGCACCCACAUGGACAUCAUGAACGAUUUCAGUGGCUGAGCUCAGUGUGUUGAUCGGUUUAAAGAGACAUUUCCUAGCUCUUGAACCUCGUGUAGGGCUUGAGCCUGCAAGGGGCUGAACACUUGACCCCGGUUCAUACACCUGUGGGUAGUCCCAUUAAAGUCAAUGGGACUAAGCAUGUGCUUAAGUGUUUUGGUGGAUCAGGGCCACGUGCACCUUGCUGGAUUGAGCCCAUAGAACCUGUUCCAACUCCUAUUGAAGUCAAUGGAAAGAUUCCCAUUGAAGUUGGAUUGGGUGCUAAGCUUGUCAUUGCACAUCAGUAGUUGGUACACCUUGACUUUGGUAACUAUGCACAUGUUUUGAUUUCCAAAACCAAGUCAAGCAUUUCUUUUUCCUCUGGACACACCAUUAUAUCAGGAAAUAACCCCUUGUAGUUUAUUUCAAUGGAAUUUGGUGUUGGGAAGAGAACAGAAGCAUUUCACAUCACACAUAUACCCACUCACAUGUGUAAGGAUUCACAGUACAUAAACUGACAAGGAGGGAUACAACUGGGAAAAGCUUUAAAAUUUUGGAUUAUCUGUUUUAUCAUUUAUACUGAUAGAAGGCACUUAAUGAUGGAAUAUUUAUAAAAAAUUAAAAUAUAUUGAUGUAUAGAAACUAAUUUCUAUAGGUGAAAAAUGUUUUGUGAGAUAUUUUGUAAAGAUUAAUUAAUUGAAAGAUUAAAUAUUUGCACCCUGGUCUGGCUGUAAAAUGUAAAGAGGACCUUCAAGUUGCACUAUCCCUUUUUGCAACAAAUUAUCUAAUAAUAUUAACAAACCCUAUAAUUUCUUAAAUUUUAGAUGGCAAUUUGCUUUUUUUUUCCAACUUAAUCCUUCUCUUGCCUUUUAUUUAAUCAUGAUAAAUUCCUAUGGAAAGAACUCAAAUUGACUACCCUACAGGGUGUUGUUGUUGUUUUGGAAAUACUAGGAUGAUGCUUCUUUAAAUUGAAACAGAUGAUUUUUCAGAGGCAAAAUGUCAGGGACUUGAAUGCAGUGUAUUAUUUUCUCUCUUGAAGGGUGCUGUAAUCUUCAUUGGAAAACAUUUUAUAAUCAUUCCUUAUGCAGUAAGUGAAAUCCAGAAGUGUUUAGUCCUUUUUGCCGGCAGGCCACUGACUAUCUUGUGUCAUCAUUUCAUUUCACAGUCAACAGGUGUUUUCACUGGACUGGGGCAAUGGACAUUUGUGGGGAAUUUGGGGAAAAUCUGUGGAAUUUCAGCUUGGGGUAUAUGGGCAGGGGUGGGAAGUUCUUGCUUGCUGUUUCACUUGGCCCUUAUUUCAUAUAUUGAUACAGAUUUUGCUGUACCACAUCUGGAGGAUAGUUACAAAUAGAUGAACUGCCUUUGCUGGUGCUGGACCACAUUUCAUAGAAAACCCACAAAAUACUGCAGGAGUCCAACACAUUUUAGCUGGUGGCUAUUUCGAUCCUAAUGUGUAAUGACAUUUUAAGGGCAAACAUUUCAGUUACCGAGUUACUGAUAGAAUAUUCAAUUACUUGUCUAUCCAAAACUUUCAGCCUUAUGUCUCUAUGCUGUCCUGAUAUGACAGGUACAUGCAGCCACUCUCAGUAAAUAGGCUGAUUAGCUGGAUGUUUAUAAAACAGCCAUCAGCAGUGACAGGGUAUACAAAUGGGUACUGUAGCAUUCAUUAGGCCUCAUGGUUAACACUGCAUUAAAGUGGAUGUGAGAAGUUCAUGCUUCCUCUAUUGUUAUUUUUUUUUCUGCCUGGCCAGCACAGAUUCAAAGACAGAAUACCUGUAGAGUUUCUAAACUAUCUCCAUCACCAGAAGGGCUAGACAUUUAAAAAAAAAUAAUAAUAAAAAAAAAAGCUUAGAUUCUGGAUAAUUAUGCAGAAAUCCACAGGAAGGUCCUAGAUCCUUGGAAGUCAUGGAUAUUUCCAUGCUGACAAAGUACUAUUGUCUCAGGUUGGGCCUGAGCCCACCUGAACUGAUAACCAAGUAUCCCAAAGCAGGAACUCCAUUCUAAUUUUCAACUCUGUUUUUAAGCAACCACAUCUGCUUCUUUGUUUCUUAGUUCAGCAUGCGACCUUUUAAGAUAUUAUCCUAUUAGUAAAUGUUCUGUUUUGUCAUGUGCUGUGCUUUACAGUGAACAGUAACACUAUGGCUGAGUACAAUCAAUUUUUCCAUCAGUCUUUGGUUGCUGUAGUACAUUAUUUAUUUUUUCCUGUCUGUUGUUUGUGCUUCCAAUUUAAAGUUGCCAUUGCACUUCUUAUAUUUUUUAAAUAAAACAUAUAUAUAUUUAAAAAAAAAUCACCAACAGCAGCAAUGAGAGGUCUUAUUUCCUGUAGGGUUUAUACCUCCAUUUGUUUUGUGUCUUGAUGUUUUGCGUUUCAUGUUACCGCAUACUCAGUGCUGCAGUUAAUUUUUUUAAUGCAGCCAUUUGAAGUUGCAUUGGGUGGCAGGGAGAAGAGAAAUAUGAAGUUAAUUCAGUUACAUCUGGUGCAAAAAAAAAUCAGUUUGGCGCCUCAGACCAUAUUGGUGCUAAUACCAGUAAACACUAGCAGAUCUCUCUCUGUCUAUAUAAAAAAACUUGUAGGUGUCUAAGAGACAACAUGCACAUGCUGGACCCUUUAGGAAAAGUGUCAGAUCACGUCACUGGUGCUAUUUCUUAUGUUCUGGCACAAUGUGUAGCACCACAGGGUCUAAGUUGAACCAAAAAUAUCAUGACUUAUUGUCCAUCCAUGAAUGAUCACACUGACAUCUUGCUAUCUUUGUACAGAUGUGCAAUAUUUCAAACUAUUUAUUUCUCCUUCCCAUAAUUCAUCUUCUGUGCACUGGCCUCUCUUAGUACUACUGGGGCUCAAUGAACUUACACUCUAGUGGUCUAACUGCCCAGUGCAAGAGCCUCUCUUUCUACCUUAAUUCCCCUUUUCGCCAGUUAAAGAGGCCCUUGUCUACACUAGCACUUUGUAACCUCUUAUAUUAAAGGCGCUCUUGAAAAUAAAUAAUAAGUAAUGUAACUGUGUUAAUAGGUAGCAUGGUUUGAUGAGCCAGUGUGGUUUGAUGAGCUAGAAGGCACGCUGUGAAAGAAAAGUCAGGGUUAAAUCUCUCCCUUGCACUGGGAUUUCAAAUCCUCACUCUGGAAAGCAAUGCUGAAUCUGAGCUAAUAAUAAUUAUGAGCCAUCUCUAGCUAUGUGUCCUAGUGACCUAGUUAGUGGACACCAUCUCAGCUAGUUAUAUUAUUUUUCUAUGGAAAGUUUGAUGGUGUGUUACACUUUCAUCAUUACAAAUGCUUAGCAAAAUUUAGUCAAGUGGCGGGAGGGGCUUGGGUUUUUUUGCUUUUUAAGUCCACAAAAGGAUUAUUCAGUGAGUGACCAUGUGUGUAAAUAUUUGUAGAAUAAGCACUCAAGAACAAAAGCCUCUGUCCUCUUUUUACAGCCUCAGAGUUAAAGCCAUACCAUGUUCCCCAGUCACAAAAGGAGGUCUUGCAUCUCUCACAAUGUUGAAUGUGGAUUUUUUCUCUUAAACAGCCUCUUUGCAAUUGUAUGCAUGAGUUUUGUCUGGUGACUGGUUUCAUGCACUUGAGUCCAUUUCUUAAUGAAGUAAAUAUAUUUUCCAGUCCCGUCAAAAAUUAUAACACAACAUCUAGUCAACUAGCGCAGCAUUAAUAACUGCUCAUCAAUACAUCAGAAGAGGAACAGUUCCCUUGAAAUAUAUUAUGGGGCACAACCCAUUAUCAACACUGACAAUUUAAAUUCUAUUCAGAAUGCGGGGGUGGGGGUGGGACUGGAUCCUCAGCUGGUGUACAGCAUUGUUGCUCCAUUGACUUGAGUGGUGCUCAUCCCAUUUCAGCUGUAGCUACAUAUAAUAGUUCCCCCCAUAUUAGCCAAUAUUUAGGAACCAACAGUCUAUUACUCCAUAACAUUAAGGGCUAGAUUUUCCAAACUCCUCAGCACUCACAGUUUGGUCGAGAUUUUUAAAAGUACUUAGCUCCCACCUGGAUCUAUUAUUACUACUAUGACUUAAUAUUUGUACUGGGGUAGCGUGUAGGAGGCCCAAUCAUGGAGUGGGGCCCCCCUGUGCUAGGUGCAGAAUGCACAGAACAAAAUGGCCAGCAUCUCUGCCCCAAACAGCAGGUGGAUUUUCAAAAGGGUUUGGCACACAAAAGCUCUUAUUGAGAGUGACAGGAGCUAUUAGGUGCAGAACACUAUACCACUGGGGGCCAGAUUCUGCCUGUUGGCCUCACACUGCGUUGGCACCUCACUCAGUUCGUUGAUCUGGUUUAGACUAACCACAAAAGCCUGACAUAAGACAGCAUUUGAGAGGGUAUAUCACAUCUAAACAAAUGACACUGUUGACCUCCCCCAGUGGAAUAAUGAAUUUUUAAUUAUCUUAAUUUUUGGAUUUGUUUCCUAAAUUUGAACUGGCUAGUCUGAACUUUUGAGUGGCAACAGGCUGUACACACACUGCUUUUGUUUGAUACUUGAUGCUGUGUAUCUGCUUGACGGGAUGUUUCUCAAGCCAGAUGUAGUUAGGGAUAAUCAGAAUCUGAACUGGAGUUUACAAAAUACAUUAUACAGCUUACAGUUUUGUUAAGUGUAAAUAUUCUACAUCUCCAUUCCAUUUGUGUAAGAAUAAAGCACACACAAUUAUAAAAAUUGAGAUGUAUAUUUCAUACUAGUUGUGUCCUUGCUUAUUUAUUCCAUAACAAGCUCUCAGUUGUGGUUCAGUUGUAAAUGCUUGAUAGAGUGUUUAUAAAUAUGUCAUGAAUUUUAUUAUAAAAUAUUAAUAUUAAAGCAUUUUUACA